UUUAGGGCUGAAGCACUCGCCCUGGCGAUGGCGAUCACGGCGUUCUUGAGGUCUUGAGGUCAGUCGCAAGCUCUUACAUUCUCAAUUUCUGGCGCUCCACAAUCCGCGGCUCCAAAUUCCUCUUGGAAAGCUGCGGCAUCGAUCGAUCCAAGAUGCGGGAGCUUCCGAUCCUGCCAGCUGCUGGAACAGGGGAUUGCUGACAUUCUUCCUUAUGGCCAUCAGCGUCUAUGAGAAUCUCACAGUAAUUUUUCUUCUAUUCGUGCGCUUGACGCUCUGUGCUGCUAACUCGCAAGGAGCUGUGAACGCGAGCUUUAUCAGUCUUGCUUGCGGAAGUGACAACGCUUUUUUGGAUUCUCACAACCUCACCUGGAUACCCGAUGACGCUUACGCUGAUGGAUUUGGACGACCGGUUUUUGUUCCAGGAGACAAGGCGAAUUUAGGACCCGCGAAUGGCUUCGACCAUAAGCUCUAUGAUCACCUCAGGUACUUUGACGAUACUAAGAGCUGCUACAAGCUGCCAGUUACACCCGGAACUAUUUACUUGAUCCGAGGGACGUUCUUCUAUGGAAACUAUGACACGAAAGGCUCUCCGCCAUCGUUUAGUAUCUCCCUGGACGCGACUUUGAUCCACAAAGUUACUUUCACGGAUGAUGUCAAGCAUGCCGAGGCAAUUUUCACAGCUGAUGCUCAAGAAGUGAGCUACUGCCUUAUUGCUCUCUCGGCAAGUAUGAAACCUGUGAUAUCAUCAUUGGAACUCCGGCCUUUGGUGAAUUUCUUUCUUCCCGAUGGCAUCCUGGAGACAAUCGCCCGUUUAGACGUUGCGAACUGGGACAAAAACAUCAGGUACCCUGUCGAUCCAUCAGAUUUGAUAUGGUCUACAGAUAUAUCUCGAUCGGAUAAGUUCGUCAACGGAAGCGUUGGCAGCGACUUUUAUGAUCACGUUCCAAAGAUCGUAAUGGAUACUGCAGCGACCUCGGAUAACGCUUUACAAUAUGUAUUCCACGUCGAAAGCUCUGACCUUGACUUCUACGUUUGUCUGCACUUUUUGGAGCUGGAGCCAUUACUGAGGCCUGGUGAUCGAAUUUUUGACGUGCUUGCAAACCAUCAAAUGAUUCGCAGGAACUUAGAUAUUCAGGAAAUAUCUGGCUUGGCCGGAUAUAAGCUAUGUUUCGAAGUGCUUGCGAGCCCGACACUGAAUAUCUCGCUUAUUGCCAAUGAUACAAGUCGAAGGGGUCCCAUGUUGAAUGCUCUUGAGGCGUAUCAUAUUGUCAAAAAGGCAGCUGGAACCUUGAAACGCGAUGUUGGUGCUUUGCUGCCUUUGAAGGGAAUGUACCGAUCUAAAUUGCAGUGGUCGGGAGAUCCGUGCCUUCCGUUGCAGACAAACUGGGAUGGCAUUAACUGCGACAUGAGAAGCGGAGGGCCAGCUAUAGUUGAAGUAAAUCUCGAAGGAAAAGGUCUAAAUGGUUCUGUUCCAACCAGUUUAAGCAGAUUGGAGGAUCUAGAAAUUCUGCAACUGGACGAAAACAUGUUCACUGGAGAAAUUCCCGACUUUUCUUCCCUUAAGAAUUUGACGACACUGGGACUUGAAAAUAACAACCUAAACGGGACGAUUCCUGAGUAUUUGGGACAUAUGCCAAAGCUUGCGGUGCUGCACUUGGACAAUAAUGACUUGGGGGGAUAUAUACCAUCUGACCUUCGCAAAAUGGUGAACUUUACAUUUUCUGGGAACCAGUUGCUACUAGGCUGGGGUGAGGAUGCAAAGGGCCAUAGUUUGACGAAGUUUUUCAUUGCUGGAUUUGCUGGCGGCUUUGCAAUCCUCUUGGUUGUCAUGGCUGGGUGCUUAUUUUUUGCCAUUCGCAAGCGCAAAAUGAAGCUGGUAGAUAUUGUGGCAUUCAGUGCGAACAGCCAGUUGAAAGCAACGCCACAAUAUGUGACGACAAUUGCCAAAGAUGCAAAAGAGUCAAAUCACAUACGCCGUCUUUCUCUGAAAGAGGUGGUCAAUGCGACCAAUUGUUACAAGACUGUGAUUGGUGAAGGUGGAUUUGGCACUGUUUUCUACGGCACACUCUCUGGUCAAGCUGUAGCUGUGAAGGCUAGAUCGUCAAGCUCAAUACAAGGAACUCGUGAGUUCAACACAGAGCUCAAUCUUCUCUCAAGAAUUCAGCAUGAAAACCUCGUUCCACUGCUUGGUUUCUGUGCGGAAGAUGAACAAGAGAUUCUUAUAUAUCCUUACAUGCCAAAUGGAUCUCUACAGGAUAGAUUGUAUGGCGAAGGUUUCAAGCGAAAGCCUCUCGACUGGCCAACGAGAUUGUCUAUAGCUCUUGGUGCUGCCAAAGGUCUCUCGUUCCUUCACGCUGGAGGGGACUUAUCAAUUAUACACAGGGAUAUUAAGUCCAGUAACAUUUUGUUAGAUCAAUCCAUGACAGCAAAGGUUGCAGAUUUUGGAUUUUCAAAGUUUGCUCCUCAAGACGGCGAUAGUGUUGUCUCUUUGGAAGUUCGUGGAACCGCUGGCUAUUUAGACCCGGAAUAUUAUUUGACACAAGAACUCACAGUUAAAAGUGAUGUCUAUAGCUUUGGAGUGGUCCUUUUAGAAGUCAUCUGUGGCCGUGAGCCACUGAGCAUCGACCGUCCUCGGUCGGAGUGGAGCUUGGUUGAAUGGGCAAGACCAUACAUCCAAGACACAAACAUCGAAGCCAUAGUCGACUCGAGCAUCAGCUCCAGCUACAGUCCGGAGGCGAUGUGGAGAGUGCUGGAAGUCGCGAUGCUGAGCGUCCAACCUCAUUCCAGCCGGAGGCCGUCCAUGUCCGACAUCGUCCGCGAGCUGGAAGACGCUCUCAUCAUCGAGAACAACGCGUCGCAGUUCAUGGCCUCCAUCGACUCCAAUCCCUCCGGCCUCUCUAAGCAGUUCGACAUCUCCCCGGCAUUCUCAGAGACGAUGGGCUCUCCAGAUCCGCGAUGAGCCUCUCCAGAACAAUUUUGUUAGCUUGUCUUGAGUGUACAGCGCCAUCUCCGAGAGGAAGCUCUUCCUGCUUUAAGAAGAACAGUGCAGACUACCGAAGAACUCCAAGCUCAAAAGGAACGAUUCUAAAGCUAACUUACAAGGUGACUGAUGCUCUCAGCUAAGCAAAAAUUGCUUCUCUCCGUAAGAAAAAUGAAGAUGAGCUCCAGUUAUAUCUCUUUGGCCAUGGUUGCUGUGCCUUGCCACUUGGACACCAACAAGGUGAUUAUAAGACUAUAGUGGCAAAUGUGUUGAAAAAACGACCAGCAUUUGUCAAUGAAAGCAAUUUUUUCGCC